AUGGCUGUGAAAAUAUUGGGCAUCGAAUUUGCAAACAUAUUCAAGACCCCUCUCGAAAAAAGGCUGCAAACUUUGGCGGUGUUGAAAUGGACUUACAGCUUCUACUUCCUAGGUGUUACGGGGUUGAUUUUGUUCGUAUGCCUGCUGUUCAGUUCAUAUCAUUAUGUGGCCCUACUAUACGCUCUGUGGUACAUUUAUGAUUACAAAACUGGUGAGAUGGGUGGAAGGGAAGUUCAGUUGUUGAAGACCAGCAGAGUUUGGAGUUAUUUCAGAGAUUAUUUUCCAAUUAAGCUGCACAAGUCAGCAGAUCUCGAUGACAACCAAAACUACUUGUUCCUCUACCAUCCUCAUGGUAUCGCCAGCAGUGCAGCCUUUCUUUGUUUUGCAACGGAUGGAGCCGGAACAUCCAAGCUCUUUCAAGGGUUGAGGUUUCGUCUGCUCACUCUACGAUGUCAUUUCUUGUUUCCGUUCUCGAGAGAGUAUGCUGCUUCUUAUGGAAUCUGUGCAGCUUCUAAAGAAUGCAUCCACCACCUGCUGACGAAUUGUGGCACCAACAAUGCACUGGUCCUCGUCGUUGGAGGCGCUCGUGAGGCUCUCGAAGCCAAUCCUGGAAAUUUCAACUUGGUGCUCAGCAGAAGGAAGGGUUUCGUCAAACUUGCCCUCCAGCACGGAACCCCUCUAGUCCCAGUCUAUUCGUUCGGCGAAUGCGACAUCUACUCACAGACGGUUCCCCCUCCGGAAUCACACCUCUCCAAAUUCCAACAAAAGUUCCUCCAACUUCUGACCUUUUCUCCGCCCAUAUUCCACGGCCGAGGCAUCUUCAACUACACGUUUGGACUGCUGCCCUACCGACGACCCAUCAACGUUGCUGUCGGAAGUCCAUUGAAGCUGCCAACUAUACUGGACCCCACUAGCGAGCAGAUAAAUGAGUGGCACAGGAAGUAUGUUGACCAGCUGGUUGACCACUUCGAAAAGCACAAGUUGCAGUUUGGACUGAAGGAAGAUGACCAUCUCAACAUAUUGUAA